CAAUGCACACUGGGAUAGGCCCCAGAAACCCCCACGACCCUGCCCAGGAUAAGCUGGUAUGGAUAAUGGAUGGAUAGCAGUUGCUGGGUAAAAACUGCAGCAGCCAUUACACCGUGUAAAAGGGACACAGCUGCGGAUCAGAGGGCUGUGGAGGAGCAGCGGAUCAGAGGGCUGUGGAGGAUCAGCCGAUCAGAGGGCUGUGGAGGAUCAGCGGAUCAGAGGGCUGUGGAGGAGCAGCGGAUCAGAGGGCUGUGGAGGAGCAGCGGAUCAGAGGGCUGUGGAGGAGCAGCGGAUCAGAGGGCUGUGCUGGGGGAGCAGCGGAUCAGAGGGCCGUGGAGGAGCAGCGGAUCAGAGGGCCGUGGAGGAGCAGCGGGUCAGAGGGCCGUGGAGGAGCAGCGGGUCAGAGGGCCGUGGAGGAGCAGCGGGUCAGAGGGCCGUGGAGGAGCAGCGGGUCAGAGGGCCGUGGAGGAGCAGCGGGUCAGAGGGCCGUGGAGGAGCAGCGGAUCAGAGGGCCGUGGAGGAGCAGCGGGUCAGAGGGCCGUGGAGGAGCAGCGGGUCAGAGGGCCGUGGAGGAGCAGCGGGUCAGAGGGCCGUGGAGGAGCAGCGGAUCAGAGGGCCGUGGAGGAGCAGCGGAUCAGAGGGCCGUGGAGGAGCAGCGGAUCAGAGGGCUGUGGAGGAGCAGCGGGCUGUGGAGGAGCAGCGGAUCAGAGGGCUGUGGAGGAGCAGCGGAUCAGAGGGCUGUGGAGGAGCAGCGGAUCAGAGGGCUGUGGAGGAGCAGCGGAUCAGAGGGCUGUGGAGGAGCAGCGGAUCAGAGGGCUGUGGAGGAGCAGCGGAUCAGAGGGCUGUGGAGGAGCAGCGGAUCAGAGGGCUGUGGAGGAGCAGUUUCCAGUUCUUCUGCAGUUCAACUCGGUGUCGAGAAUUGUGUGUGCUACUGCAGUUAGCAGUGACAGCUGAUUCCUGCUAUACCUUUAAGCUUUACCGGCUUUAUCUGACAAUCUGAAAAGCUGCAGAAUGCCCCAGCAGGCCAAUAUCUGCCAGCAGGUAGCAGCAAAAAGUAAAAAAAAAAACUUUUUCAGCAAAACGAAGCAAUGAGAACAACUGAAGAACAAAAAGACG